UGAGAUAAUAUAUAAAUUGCACAUGAAGUUAUCCUAUAUAUAUUAUUUAGUGUUUGGAGAUAGACAUGUGCCUUAUACGCACCAGAAUAUGGCCAUGAUGUACUUGAUAUUUAAAACUUGCACUCAUUCCCUUGAGAACUCUUCAACGUGGUUCUUCACCGCUACUCUAUGUACGUAUAUAUUAUUGUGAGUUGUGGAUCAGCUUGAUGAUACUUUAAGCUUGUUUCAUCCUUGCACUUGAAUUUCUUGAAGAGAAGAAGAAGAAAAUACACACACAUAUACACACACACAAGAAGGUGAUCAGAGAGAGGGGAAUAAUAAUAUAAUUAGGAGAAAUGGGUAGGUGUGUGUGGGGAUUAUUUCUAGUGUUAGGGUUUGUAGUGUUCAUGACUGUGCCUGGAGCUAGUGCUUGGAGCAAAGAGGGUCAUAUGAUGACUUGCAAAAUUGCACAGUCGCUGCUAGAGGCGGAGGCAGAAGAAGCUGUGAAGAAUUUGUUGCCAGAUUAUGUGAAAGGAGAUUUAUCAGCUCUCUGCAUUUGGCCCGAUCAGAUCAGGCAUUGGCACAAUUAUCGGUGGACCAGUCCUCUUCAUUUCAUCGACACUCCUGACAACAAAUGCUCUUUUGAUUAUUCCCGGGAUUGCCAUGAUUCUAAUGGGUUGCAGGACAUGUGUGUUGCUGGUGCCAUCCAGAAUUUCACUUCCCAGCUUCUGCAUUAUAGAGAAGGCACUGGUGAUCGUCGACAUAAUAUGACUGAGGCUUUGUUGUUCUUGUCUCACUUCAUGGGAGAUCUUCAUCAGCCAAUGCAUGUUGGAUUCACUAGUGACGAAGGAGGAAACACUAUAGAACUUCGCUGGUUCAGGCACAAAUCCAAUCUCCACCAUGUGUGGGACAAAGAGAUCAUUGUCACUGCUUUAAAAGAUUAUUAUGAGAAUGAUUUGGACCUUCUCUUGGAAGACAUAGAAGGGAACUACACAGAUGGUAUCUGGUCCGAUGAUGUUCCAUCUUGGAAUCACUGUGAAGACCUCUCUAACUGUGUAAACAGGUGGGCAAAAGAGAGCAUACAAAUAGCUUGCAAAUGGGGUUACAAAGGGGUUGAGUCUGGUAUGACUCUAUCAGAUGAUUACUUCAACACGAGGAUGCCAUUGGUGAUGAAACGCAUAACUCAAGGUGGGAUUCGAUUGGCCAUGAUUCUGAACCAGGUGUUCGGGGACCCUAAGGAAGGUUUUGCAGCUGCAACUUGAUUAAGCACUCUAACCACCACAGAUAUGGACAGCAAAUUAAUAGCUAGUUGGCUAACCCAGUUUGCAAUUAAAUUAUGUCAUUUUCAGCUUUAGGAAUUUGUUAAUCAUGGUUUUCAUUUAGCUGGAAGAAAAUUAAAAGAAAAAGAAAAAUAUUUUGUAUUCAUUGGUGUAUAAGAAGUUCACAGGAUGCAAUUCGUUGUAAUUGAUCGAAUAAAGCCACUGCCAUUGAUAAAGU